AUGUUUUCAGCAGCAGAACAACAGAGAGAUCUGUCCCGAAGACUCACCUCCUUUCUGUCUCAGUACAGCCACCUGUCAGACUCCUUUAUCAUCGUGAGUAUCGACCCCUGACUUCUGUUUUUAACUGAAUAAUAACAAAUAAUAACAAAGGAACGGGAGGAUUAAGGAAUAACAGACUGUUGUGAUCAGAAACAAACACUUAAAGCUCCUGGAAACACAUUUCUGAUGACCUGACGGUGUGAAAUCAUGAGAAAUGUUCUUUACAGACAAAAGUUUUGAGAAUGACACAAAUAUUAAUUUUCUGCUGCUUCGGUGUGUUUACAUCCUUUCCUCAGAUGUUUCUGUGUUAAACUGAAGUUUAAUGACAAACAUUUCAGUUUGUUAGUUUUUGUUUGUCCAUCCACGUCUGGAGGAUCGACCACAAGUCCUCUAUAGGAUGAAGGUCUGAGGAGGUUCCUGACCAAAGAAACCCAACAGUUGUAGGUUUUUUUUUCCUUGAGCCGCUUAGUUUUCACUUCAGCCUGAUGAUAAGGAGCUCCAUCAUGCUGGAAAAUAUUGAUCGUCACCAAACUGAUAAGAAUAACUUUAUUAAUCCUCGAAAGGUAAUUCAGUUGUCUGUCGUCUCAUUUGUCAUGUCUAAACUAAAAGUCAUCUACAGAACGGUUAUAAAGUCUGGUGGCUGUUGGUACAAAAGAUCUUCUGAAUCUUUCUGCAGCAGACUUUGUGAAAAUUAUUUCUUGGGUCGUUCUCUAAACUUUUGUUCACAGCUGUUCACCCUGGACUCGGCCCUCUUUGUCAAAAGUGCACAUGUUGAAUAAGGAAGAAUGAACUGUUGUUAUAAUCAUGUUAAAGGAUCCUUCAGGUUGUUUUACAUAGUUAGGACAUUUCUCUCAGCUCUUAGUCGUGUCUUUAUAAUCUUAUUGUUCUCCCUCUUCAGGAGUUCUUCACCGAGGAUCUCUGGCACACCUUACCUGAGUCCUGGCAGCUGGUUCUUCAGGACUUGACAUACCCACAGAUAGCAGACCUUUUACUGGACGCCACACAUGGAGAUGGGAGGAGGUAAUAUUGGAUUCAAAUUGGACUCCUUAGAGAUCCUCGUAUCAAAGAAGAAACAAGUGAAAAUGGAAAUAAAUAAAAUAUGGUAAAAAACCAAAUAUUAUUCCACAAACCAAAGCAAACACCAGCUCAAGGCAGUGGCGAUUGCUCUAAGACUGCAAGGGAAGCUCGGCUUCCCUUAAAAUGUCACCCCCCCCAAAAAAAGAAAAAGUGGUGAAAUACGUACGGCUGUGUGUACAUUUCAUUAACUAAAUACGCACUAGAAAGCCUUCAUCUUUUGUUCAGACACUGUGAUAAGAAGCUGAUAAUCACAGGUAACCGGCAUAACUUCGUUCUCAUUCAUCCUCGCAGCGCCUCAGCGCUUCAAACAGCCGGACGCUGGGCUUCUGCUGACUUCAAUGUGGAAGCUAAAAGUGGGUUGUUCCAGCAGCAAAACUAGACGCUCAUUGGAUAAAUGCUGGGCUUUGUCCCGCCCAUCGGAAGCUAAGCUUCACUGGAGUUCUAUGGCGAGAGGGCGGUCCCGACUUUCUCCCGGACUCCAAGCUUCUGCAUCCAUGAUUGGAUGAGCUGUCUGAGGCGAAAUCCUUUUUUGAUUGACAGCUAAACAAGCGAAUCAGCGAUCUUGAAGAAUAAAACAUCUACCAGAGCAUUUUCCAAGUCAUUCAUUCCGUUGUUCUUAACUGCUCCGGAGACUUUACCGAUCCUCAGCGACUUUUGUCUUUGUUAAAAACGACUGCCGUUGUGUUUGGCGACUCUGUUCUGUUACAUACUAAUAAACAAAUACAAUUAUGAUGUAGGCCAGAAAAAUGAGCUUCCCCUCCUUGAAAGACCAGCAGCAGCCACUGGCUCAAGGCUAACACCCCGGGACCACAGCAGAGGUCUAAUAAAACUCCUCCAUCAUCACGUUUUAUUACAAUCAGCUUUAAUUUCUUUAAAACUGAGCUAAACUCAGGGGUCCGAAGCUACUGCACACUAUCCUCUCAUUCCUGAUUGGAUACCCCUGAAAGUAUGAAAAUGUAAACAUAAAUAUAUCACCACUCAGAACUCUUCACUCUUCACCGAUUUUAGUUUAAAAAAAAAAACACUACACACAAAUCCUCCUGUUCCCCACAAAUCAACAGCUAAACACUGAAAGAAUGAGUCCUAAAUUUAACAGUCCCCCCAGUUCAGCGUCCGAUUUCCUUUUGGAGAAGAAGGCAAUGAAAAUUCUGAAGGUAUGGUCCUGAUCCAGCCACCCUAGUCCAACAAAAAUAGUCCUCCACAAUCCCCCAAACCAGAAUAAUCCACCAAAAGGAAACAUCAGCGAUGUGUUGCAAAAAAAAUAAAAGAGUAAUCCAAAGAUCGGAGACUCACCAGUCCUCAGAUGACUCCCUCUGAGCCCAGCUCUGACCGUCCCCCCGCUCUCUGACCAAUGUCAGGGACGGUUGAGGAUUACCUGCAGCUCCAGAUGUGUCCGGGGUUUCCUCACUCGGGAUCAGAGGCCCGUCUUCCCUGGAACCAGCCGAAUCUCUCCUCAAACGUUUCCUCCUGCUCCUCUAUUGUUCUCCUUCUGCCCUCAUCCCCCUCUCUUCACACCUCUGCUCACCUGUCUGCAGCAGGUCACCUGACCAGACUGUCUGCAGCUCAACAGACCACACCCCAAUCACACACAGACACUCACAAAGGUAUAAGAAUAAUUUAAAUUAAACUUACGGUUUGGUCUUUUCAGUCAGUGUGAAUACUCGCUGUAACUGCUGAAUGUGCUGAUACUAUUUAACUAUUUAACCUCGAUAAUAAUGAACGUAUGUUUGUUUACAGGUAUCCGUCAGUGUGGCCUCUGUCUCUCCUGGCGUUUCGGGCCACCGCUCACGCUCUGGCGUUUCCCAGAGAGUCCAAACAGGAUGGAGGCAGAGCGGCGGGGUCGGUGAAACCCGAAGAGUUCUUGGAAAACCAAAGUCAGAGCUCCCUGCUGGGUCACAUCUUCAGGAAACACGUCAAACCCAAGAAACAGCAUGAGAUCCGCAAACUGGGCACGGUAGGAAAAAACAGCUUAAAAACACGGGUCUGUGUUUCUGUCAGCAGGUUUUUAAUCCGUGUUUUCUGAUCUCAGCUGGUCAAAGAACUCUGUGAGCGGACUGACUGCAGCCGAGUGGUGGACGUCGGUUCUGGACAGGUAUCAGAUCAACUCUCUUACUGGUCCUGGAGAAGAACGAGGCUGCAGGUUCAAACACAGCGGAGUGAUUCUCUCUCUCUCUCCUCCAUACAGGGUCAUCUCACUCGCUUUAUGUCCUUUGGGCUCGGUCUGUCUGUGACCGCCAUCGAAGCUGACCACACUCUGGUUUCAACGGCGUCGAAGUUUGACGGGCAGUUACUUUGGGCCUUGGAGAAGGAGAUCCAGAAAAAGGUGGGUGUUUUCAUUCUUUGGUGUUCAUGGAGAGCUGAGUUUUCAAAGUCAACAUCAACAUGAUUCUUCUUCUCAGAAUCCCUCCAUCCCUGUUCUGGUUGCACAGUCCUCCCCUCGCCACGUAGCAGGUUGGGUGAACCCCAAAGCAUCAUGGGAGGACUUCAUCAAACAGCUGAAUUCUGCUGAGUGUGUCAAAGACGGUCCCCGAACUCCAUCUGGACCCAGUAAAAAGAGGCUGCGGGGCUCCGGCCAUCCAAGACCGCCACAUCAGGACCAGGUUUCAGCGUGUCUGGGUCGCUCAGACCCUGAUUCUCUCUCAGCGGACUCUGGAACGUCAUCGCCAUCACUGCUGAGUAAGAACCAAUCAGAGGAGGAUCCCCAGCCGAGUGUGAACGUGACCGACCUGGGAGGUUACCCGGACUUUGUCCUGACCGGUCUCCACGCCUGCGGUGACCUCAGCGCCACGCUCCUUCGCCACUUUGUGAACUGUCCUCAUGUCCGUGGAAUCACCUCCGUGGCGUGCUGUUACAUGAAAAUAACAACGAAAGAAAACCCCGCCCCUCCAGGAGUGGUGGAACGGCCCACUUUGCUGGCGUCAGGGAGGGAGUCCCCGCCCUCAGGGUUCGGGUACCCGAUGAGCUCCUGGGUGCGAGGGCUGCCAGGUCACCAGCUGUCCUAUAAGGCACGAGAGGGGGCGUGUCACGCCGUGGAGGACUAUGUAAGGAGACUACGGGAGGGGAGCGAGUUACUGAAGACGCACUGUUACCGAGCCAUGCUGGAGACCUUCAUCAGGGACACGAGACCGGAUCUACGCAGGGCGGGAAUCCAGACCAUCAAGAAAGCCCACUUCUUACGGUUUACAGAGUGAGUCCACACACAGACGGUCUUUAGGAGGUCUGAUGUUCCACCAACACAAACACUGUUUCUGUUCAGGUACGCCCGUCUGGGUCUGGCCCGGGUCGGUCUGCCUCCAGGACUGCCUCUGGACCCGGAUCGUGUGGAGGCCAUGCUGCAGCAGCAGGGCCGGGUGGUGGUGUACUUCAGCCUGAGCCUGCUGCUGGCUCCUGUGGUGGAGACGCUGGUGCUGCUGGACAGGAUGAUCUACCUGCAGGAGAACGGUGAGACCCCGGAGUCUGAACGGGUUUGAGAGGCGCUGCAGUCCGUCUCUGUGAAGAGAACGAAUCAUUUUAAUGAACGGAUCCUAAAGACUCAGUACAGUCUUUAGGUCUUUAGUCCCAUCACUAACCGAGUCAAAUGUCGUCCUCAGGAUCUUUAACAAUGUUUUUCAGUAUGCUCUCCUAUCUUAUCCUAAAUAAACUACACUUUUGUCCUCCUGCAGGUGUGGACAGUCAGCUGGUUCCUCUCUUCAACCCAAACUUCUCUCCCAGAAACUUUGUGCUGGUGGCUCUGAAGUCUCGAGGAUAA